AUUCGAUAUACGGUCUGUAAAUUAGUUGGCAAAUUAGGCAAAUUAUUUAAUUUACAUUGCAUUGACCGCAAUUUGCUAGCUGGUAACAGCCAUGGCAACAGUCCAGCAUGCAAACUUCAUUCAAUAUGGACGGCGUACAGGUUUACCUAAAUCAGCUCCAACUAAAAGAAGUGGUUCAGCAAGUUCUGCACAAAACCAGGAACUCACAGUCGGUGUAAAGUUGGCUGAUGGGACAGACUUACGACAGGUAAAAGUUCUGCCAAGAAGGGAAUGGAAUCGAAUCCAGGAAAGUCUUCACUCAAAUGCGAUGGAGAUUGAAAGAAUCAAGGAGGCACGAGCUAACAGGGAAGCACUUCAUGCACAAUCUAAAGAAAUUGUUCAAAACUGGUCAAACACAAUCGUUGGGCAGCGACAGAAGAAGUUACAAGCUCGUAAACUUCGUGAGGAGAAAGAAGAAGAAGGAAGAGUGAAGUUGGAUAUCGAGGAAGCAAAAUAUCAAGCAGAGAAACGAAAACAAGCAAUCGAUAAAGCGAAGACAAUCCAAUAUUUCCAGACAGACCGAAUCAAGUCAUUUCAUGGCGCAUUAUUACUCACUGAAGUUCUUAAGGAGAGAGACGCCCAAGUUGAAUUGAAGAAACAAAAGGAAGCCCAAAGUCAUGGGAAAGACCACGAGCUAUUAAAGCAUUACAGAGCUGAGUAUGAACGAGGAAUACUUGAAGAUCAACAUAAAGCAUCAAAGAGAUAUCAAGAAAGACAAAAAGUUGCCGAGUACCAAGCCAUGCAGAUAAAGGAACACGUGAAGCAGCAAGAUCAAGAAGCGCUGGAGGACAAAAAGGAAGGAGAAGAGGUUCGUAAACUCGCUCGUCUUCAUGAGUGGGAGCAGAAGAAGUUGGAGCAAGUCCGGAGGCAAGAGAAGAUGUUGGUGAUGCAGAGUCAUAAGGAGCAUGAGCAAAAUAAAGCAGCAAUUCGAGCACUCGAAGAACAACAGGAAGAGGAAGAAAAUGAGGAAAUUCGACUUUUCGCUGCAGCUAAGAAGAAAAUGCUCAGACUUCGAAAGCAGAAAGAAGCCGAGUUAUUUAAAGAGGUCCAGGACCACAAGAAUAAGAUGACCAACCUUCUUGCUGCUCAACUCAAGCAAAAGGUUGAUGAUGAAGAUAGUAGGAUCAUCAAGGCAACAAAAGAGAAGGAAGAAAAACUGGCAAAAGAGAGAGAUGAGAAGCAACAAAAACUGAAAAAGGCAUUGAAGUCCAUUGCUGAACACAGGGAUGAACAGUUAACAUUAAAAGAACGUCAAGAAAAGAUGGAGAGAAGAAAAGCUCUUGAGCAACUCGCUGUGAAGGUUGAAGCCGACCGUGUGUUCAAUCAGAAGCAGUAUGAGAAAGCUGUGGCCACCAAGGAACAUAAGAAACAGUUACAAGCAUUUCACAUGGCUCAAAUUAACGACCGAGCUGAGAAAGAGCGACAAAACAGGGAAGAAGAACUUCAUCACGAUGAACAACUGGUUAAUCUACUUUCUAUUGAAGAGGAACAAUUCCAGGAAUAUGCAAAUAAGGUUAUUUCAGCCGCUAAGAAGAAGGGACAAAACCCCUACCCCCUUACCAAAGCUGCACAAGCUGGUGCUGGAGGUGGAAGAGGGCCAACAUUUGAUGGGAAAGGUGGAUUGCGGCCAAGUUACAUGACGGCCGAUGGAUACGGCGUCCAGCUACCAAAUUGUCAGAGAUCAACCACAGAAAGCAUAAAGUCAAAAUGCGAGUCCGGAAACGCCACCGUCGCCAAAAAACGUCUCGGAUUCGUCUGGUAACGAUUGAACACAUUUGGAAAAGCACAACUUUUGUUCCGGCACAUUUUUGUAUUCUUAUUUUCACACUUAUUGAACUUGAUAGGUUGUUUGUAUGCUCAUUUAUGUUCAGCACCUCACUGACCUUUUGUUUGUGUUUAGCGGCGUAUAUAAAUUGACGUGUACAGUAUACAAUUAUAAUUAAUGCACACACAUUCUUAUUAGGCGUCAAAAUAGGCAAAAUGAUAUUCUGUCAUGCAAUAUCUAAAAUACAGACUAACACGCAGCAGCCA